AUGACGUCCACCGUCAAGUCAAAAGUCUCCGGCCUCGCAAGCUCGCUCGGAAGCAGCUCAGCUACGACAGAAGAAGCAGAGAAAUACAAACUCUUGGUCACUGCAGGACCUUCAUACGACCAAGAAAAGCACCGAACAAUAAAAGUCAACACCAAUGAAGCCACAUUUGUCGAGAAUGAAUUCCUACGAGCCAAAAUUUGCGUCCGAGUGAGAGGUUUCCGCGGACUACCUUCUGCCUCACCUCCCACGUCAGAUUACUUCGACAAUCCCCUACAUGAGAAAGAUCAAUACUCUCUCGGCUUCUCUUUCGUUCCUAAACAAGAUCUUCCGAGCGUCGAUACAGUCUGGGGUAACGAUUUGGAUCAUCCAGUCCGCGAUAGGCUGCCACCGGGAUUCAAUACUGCGUUCAGGAUCGUGAAGGAGUUCAUCGAUCCUGGUCUUGCUUGUGAUGUAUAUGCUGAUGAACCUUGGCUGUAUGGUCCUUCUCUGUCCUGCUGGUUUGCGUUGAGGAUCGGAGGCGAAUACGAAGACAGCGCGGAUUUUCCUGCACCGGGGGCAUUGACAGAUGGCGCAGAUGACAGCGGGCAGGAUGUAAGAGAUCAUUUGGGCCUGCCAGAAAACAACGAAAAGAGGAGGAAGUUCUUCUUGAAUGCUGAAAAUAGGAAGAAUUUUGUGUUCCAGAAAGGGAGAUUGUAUCAAGGUGAUUUUUACAAUCCUUAUCUGGACUUUGCCAAUUUUGCUCUCAAGCUGCCGGGAUUCAGUUUGAAAGUGAUCAAGUAUAUCGGCGAUAAGACGCAUUGUUUGCGUUAUGUGUUCAAGAACAAGGAGACUGGAGACGUGUAUUUCAACGUGAAUUUCACGUUGCUCUGGGGCGAGAAGUUGCAGCAGGCAUUGCGAGAAGACCAAGAACAAACAUCCAGCUCAAAGAGUGGAGAUUUGAACGCCGUCGUGACAGACUAUGUGAAAGGCACUGGGGCGGAUGGGACAGGAGAGCACAAGUCGACUAGUGAAGACAAGUCCCAGCAACCUGCGGACGGAGCUGGACAAACUUCAGAAGAGCAGCAACAAGACCAGAAAGUCGGGAAUUCUGCUCCAGAUGAAAUGCGACUACACCCUGGUGAUCAAAACGCUGCUGCCGAUGCUCAAGCCGCGAAGCCUCAAGAUGAUUCGAUCGAUGAGAUCGAUCGGCUGCUGCGAGAAACGUCGACUCAUCAAAAGAGAGAGGGUCGAAUUCUGGACGACGUUGAUUGA